AUGGACCAUACUAUACCGAUCAAUAGGAUUCGUGCGGCUUUUUUGAAAGAUAGUAAUGAUAAAGAACAAAUGAAGCGGGUCUUAAGACCUUAUUUGAGUUCGAUACAUUGGUCAAACAAGGAAUUUGAAGUAACCUAUGAAAAUGAAGAUUAUAAGACGAUCAUGAACGAACAACAGUCACCACCUAUCACCAGGGAUUACUUGAAGGAUUUGAAACAUAUUUCGAAGCCGUUGUACGGCAGGACUGAGUCUAAGGGUAAAUUUGAUGUGGUGGGCACCAGAGAUGUGGACAAAAGAGAGGCGAAUAGCAGAGAGGUGGAUACUAGAGAGAUGAUUAGCGAAGCUGAGCCAAGCAAAAAAGAUCAAUUGAAAGACCCCGAGACCCUUAAAGUUGAUUCUGUCGCUCCAAAAUCUUUGGAUACUAUGGAUCCAACAAAAUCGGCGUCGACUACCGAGACCAAUGGUCGCAAGCAUUCCCUCGGCAAAGGGAAACGUAAAACUAGUGCGUUUUCAAGGAUAUUCAAAACGCAAUCAAGUGACCGUAAGGCGGGUGAUAGACAUGAUACUUCUGUUCAAGAUCGAAUUACCAGGCAAGCACCUAUGAGUUUUUACGAUUCUGCGUUUAAUUACGACGAAACUAUGGAGGACGAUGACGAUGACGAUGACGAUGAUGAAGAUGACGGAAUAAAAGAUGGUGGCAGUUUUUUUCGAGACGACGCCCAACAGGCCGACGACCAUUAUAAGCAGCAACAGACAAGACUGAUCAAAAGAGGCGCAUUUGCAUUCAAUCCGCAAAAUAUUCUGUCGAAUCAAGACAAUAAGAGUAGUAUCACGGAGAACAAUAGCGUCUCAGAGAAUCACUCUGGUCAGGCAUCUGAAGAUGAGCUUAAGCAGGAUGAUCUGUCAGAUAUGGAAUCUUAUAUGAACGAAGACGACUUGAAAGAUUUGGACCUAGACGGCAAUGCGACCCAAUUCUCAAGCUCUAACCAUCAGGGUGGCGUUGUCAUGGAUGAUAAUGAAGGUCACAGGUUUCCCAACUCCGAUGGUGAUGAUAUGUCAUCCUACGGCAAGUCUCUAUUGGAUUCAGACUACAGCGAGGAACACUUCAACGAAGAAAUGGAUAAGAUCAACAGCUCAUCGGUAGUUGAUGAUUCUCUCGCAACAGAACAAUUACUUCAAAGUGAAUCAAUGCCAGGACAUUCAAUACCCAAAACUCAAAUGCUGAACGCAUUGGGAAAAGAUGGACACACGCUUAGCAACGUUUUUAAAAAGGAUAGUUUCGGGCUAACAUCUGCAGAUGCUAGGGGACCACAAUGGGACAGAAAUGUUAUAACUGGUAGUCUCGGCUGUAGGGGAGAUACCUCGUCACUCUCCAAUGUUUCUGACAUUGUUCAUAAAAGGAACAGGAGUUCACUUUCUGGGGUCAACAUCGGAAGUUCCGAGCGACUCUCCCCUCAGUCGAAUCAAAGGCAUCAGCGUACCAUAAGUGAUAGUAAAGAUUUAGCGGUCGUGAAGAAACCCGGGCCAGAGACCUUGGAAGUUACUAAACGGGAAGUGAAUCAACAAAAGGCGACCCUCAUCUCAAACCUAUCAACACUUUUCAGCACAAAGAAGGACAACUCGCAAAACUUCCUGGAAUGCUUUGCACAUGUUUCUGGUGCCAAUGCUGCUCCACAAGAUUGCAUUCACCUCAGUAUAUACAUCGAAUGCUCUAAAACUUACAAAAGGAGUCCAUUUGAACUAAACGUCCGCAAAGAAGUGAGCGUUUUUGAUGUUAUUGGAUUUAUCCUAUACGUUUAUUCGACGUCUCAUAAACCUGAUACUGACUUUAAAGAUGACGGGAUUAAUGAAGACGAGCGCUCAAAUCCAAAUAAGUUUAAUCUGAAAAUUGUUGAUGAAGACGGAGAGCCCUUUGAAGAUAAUUUUGGAACGUUGGAUAGGAAGAAGCUGAUUGGAACGGUUUCUGAUGAUGAACUUGUGCUCUGUCGGGUGGAGGAUGAUGAUCAGUACAAGGCAAAUGAGCUUGUCACGCCUUUACCCUAUGAGGCCAAUCGUAUGGGGGAACACCACGGUAAGAGCCGGCGAAAUUCACUAAAAGACUCAACGCUGAACCAGCUAAGCUAUUAUAAACCUAUAAUUGGAGCAACUACGGACGUGUCUAGCUCAAAGCAUCAAAAAUUGGUUCAAAUUAAAGUGUUUCUAUAUCCAGCGGUGAAUCCAUCAGUCAAUUUCACGAACAUUCAAGUUCCGGUAACUUGCAAGAUCAAUGACGUGUUAGUUCAAUACUGUAAAAUGAAGUCAAUGGAUCCAAAUGAGUACAUUUUGAAACUUCACGACCAAAAGGUCUCGUGUGAUCUAAACUGUACAGUGGAAGAACUAGAUGGUCAGAAUUCGCUGGAAUUAGUUACAAAGAGUCAAGCCAGGAAGAUGAACUUGAAGAAGUUCAAGAGGACUUUGACCAGCCCGGGUUUGCCAACAAUUCAGAGUGGAGAAUUAACGCCGUUGACUCCAGACACAAGAGACAAUUUCAUGGAGAACACUAACCCAAUAAACUUAGAAGAGCGAAAGGGCAAUUAUGUGGAUCAAAAUGUAAACUCCAGAAAACCUUCUUCAAGGCUCAAGCUUGGCUUAGCAAAGCAAAUGUCUUCUGGGUCUACAGGAAUGGGUGGAGGACUUUUAAAACUCAAAAACUCUUCGAAAACUUCUUUAUCAAAUAGCACCGUCCCCAAUGGCCAUUCCCAAUCAGACCAUUCUGGAAUUGAUCUUAUGACUGACUACCGCGAUUUGUUGGCAGGUGCUUACUAUAAAUAUAAAGUCUGGAGAAGGCAACAAAUGUCAUUUAUUACCAAACAUGAAAGGACAUUAGCCAUUGACGGUGAUUAUGUUUACAUUAUACCGCCAGAACACACUUAUCAUUGGCAUCACGACAGUGUUAAGACUAAGUGUUUCCAUAUCAGCCAACUGGUUUUGGCGAAGCGCUCGAAGAGAGUCGCUGAAUACUUUAAACUUUUCGUUAGUCGGCCUGGCGGGUUGAAACGGUAUUAUUUUGAAGCUGUGAAUGAGCAGGAGUGUGCUGAAAUAGUGUCAAGACUACAAAAACUUUCAAGUGCAUAUCGCAUGAAUCAUCAAGCCACUACGGUGCCGUCAGUCUCAUAG